AUGUCUUGCGGACACCAUGGUGAAGCUCAUGUGGGAGGGACUCCACAAGGUAGAUUUGCUGACAAAACCAAAUACACGUAUGCUGGAAAGCUGGUGAGCGAAAGCCAACCUGGACCACCGUUCACGGUCCAUACAAGCACUCUGUUCGACCCAAUGCGCAAAAAAUAUCGAGAAAAUGUUUCAGUAGAGAUAGAUCCUUCCUCAGGAUUGGUCAUUAGAUGCUACCAACGGACGUCUGAACCUCAAAUUGGCGCCUCAGAUGUGGAUUUAAGAGGCAAGUUCGUGAUCCCAGGUCUGGUGGACGCACACACCCAUAUCUUUUUGCACGCUUACGACGAAAGAACCAGCGUUGAACAAAAACGUGACGAGUCUGUGGCUGAAAGAAUAAUCCGUUCCUCCAAUCAUUGUCGGACAGCUUUGCUAAGCGGAUACACGACGUAUCGCGAUUUGGGUUCCGAAGCCAUGUACGAUCUAGACGCAAACGUCAGGGAUACAAUCAAUCGGGGAAUCAUGCCUGGACCAAGACUCUACGUUGCCACAAAAGUGAUAUCAUCAUCUUCUGGUUAUGCUGCACGCUAUGAGAAUGCAAUGGGCGGAGUUCAGUACCCGUCGUUGGCAGAUUAUUGUGAUGGUGAGACCGAGAUCCGCAAGGCAGUACGCAAUCGUAUUGGGGCUGGAGCAGAUGUCAUCAAGUUCUAUGCGGAUUACCGCCGGAGGAUCAUGAGGUAUCCACCGGCGCAGCAGCAUCCGUAUGUUGGUUCUGUGAGAUUUCCUCCAGUCACCGCGAACCCCGAAGUGGUUGCCUUCACCCAGAAGGAAAUGGACACCAUAGUGGAGGAAGCCAGAAUGGCUGGAUGCGCAGUAGCAGCCCAUUGUGGCAGCAACGAGAGCGCUUCCAUGGCAGUCAAAGCUGGGGCAACCUCCAUAGAACAUGCUUAUUGGGCGGAUGAAGAGACAUUGAACAAAAUGGCAGAGUCAAACAUAAUUUAUGUUCCAACACUUUACGCUUGCGAGCUCUUCUUCCAGGAUAAGAUGGAGUCCAUUCUGCAGAAGACACGCAAGGCCUAUGAUAUGGGAGUCACAAUGGCCUGUGGAGGUGAUACUGGAACGUAUCCUCAUGGUGAUAAUGUUCACGAAAUGGAGUUGAUGGCAGCAGCAGGAGUUCCCACAUCGGAGGUUUUGAGGGCUGGAACGUACCAUGGAUGGCUUGCUUGUGGUGGUGAUCUUAUUGGAAAGCGGUUUGGCUGGAUUGAGGCUGGAACAUGCGCGGAUAUGGUAGCACUUGAUCGGGAUCCACUGGAGGAUAUUGGCAAUUUGAGGGGACCAAGUUUUGUGAUGAAGGAUGGUGAAAUCUACAAGGUUGACGGUGAACCUGUGAUGGACAAGUUCUUCUAA